AUGGCCGCCCCGAUCGACAACCAAGAUGAAUUGCCCACCAAAAACAUCCUCAUCACUGGCGCAGGCGGACUCAUCGGGCCUCUCCUCGCAGCCCGCCUCCUCUCCAUCCCACACUACCGCCUCCUCCUCACCGACCUCGCCGACCCCAUCAUCCCGCCCAACGUCCCGUACCCGCACCACGCAACCACCCUCAAAGGCGACAUCACCUCCCCCGCCUUCAUCACCACCCUCCUAACUCACCCGGCCAUCCAACCCCUCCACGCCGUCUUCCUCUUCCACGGCAUCAUGUCCGCCACCAGCGAAGCCAACCCAACCCUCUCCCUCGCCGUCAACGUCGACUCCAUCCGCGCGCUGACCACCGCUCUGCAAACCCACCACCCCCCCAGCAACGACGACAACAACAAGAAGAACAACAGCAGCAACAACAACAACCCCGUGCGCGUCAUCUACGCCAGCUCCCUCGCCGUCUUCGGCCCGCCCUUCCCCUCCCCCACCCCAACCGCCCCAACCCACAAAGUGCCCCCCCACUGGGCGCCCACCCCGCAAAGCACGUACGGCGCGCACAAACUCGUCAGCGAAGUGCUGCUCAACGAGGCGCACCGGCGCGGGGCGCUGGACGUGGUCGUUGCGCGGCUGCCGACCGUGUCGGUGCGUCCGGGCAAGCCGACGGGCGCGGCGUCGAGCUUUUUGAGCGGCAUUAUUCGCGAGCCGAUGGCGGGCGUCGAGUGUGUGGUGCCGUUGAGGGAUCGUGGGUUUCGCGCGUUUUUGGCGUCGCCGAGGACGGUGGUGGAGAAUUUGGUGCGCGUGUUGGGCUGGGGGAGCGGGGUGUUGCCCGGGCAUGUGCGGCAGGUGCUGUUUCCGGGGAUUCCGGUGAGUGUGCAGGAGUUGAGGGAUGCGUUAGCCAAGUAUGGGGGGGAGGAGAGGUUGGGGCUGAUUAGGGAGGUGGAGGAUGAGGGGUUGGAGAGGAUUUUGAGGGGGUGGGCGGAGGAUUUUGAUAUCACGGAGUCGUUGAGGCUGGGGCUGGUGGUGGAUGAGAGCGGGGAUGUGUUGGUGAGGGAGUAUGUGGAGGGGUUGGGGAAGUGA